GCGCGCGGUGCUGUGCGCUUCAGACAGCUGAGUUAGCCUUUCCUCCUCUUUUCUCUCACUUGGCACUUUAAACUGCUAGUCAGACGAACUCCUUUUCCCUAUCUUGUUAUGUGUUUGCGCCGUGUGCUCUGGGCGUAAAUCAUGUAGCGCAAGCUUUGGGAUUCCUCUACUAUCACAAUGGAUUUCAAGUCGGAGCUUUUGAAGUCAAUCUGGUACGCCUUCACGUCUCUAGACGCUGAACACUGUGGAAAAGUUUCAAAGUCACAAUUGAAGGUGCUGUCUCACAACCUGUACACAGUUCUGAAUAUCCCUCAUGACGCCGUGACCUUGGAGGCCCACUUCCAAGAUGAUGACAGCGGCCCAGUCUCCAACCAUGGCUACAUGCCCUACCUCAACAACUACAUACUGGCCAAGGCCCAGGAGGGGACCUUCAACAAGGAGAUGUUUGAUGAGCUGUGCUGGAUGAUGACCUCCAAGAAGAACUACAAGCCCUCCGUGCCCAACGGCCUGUGCUCCGGCAAGAACAGCUUCAAACUCUUCUGCCUCUUCAACCUGCUGUCUGAGGACCGUUACCCACUCGUCAUGAUCCCACAGGAGGUGGAGUACCUGCUGAAGAAGAUCUCGGCGGCGAUGAGCACGGAGUGGGACAGUGGCCGGCUGGAGGAGCUGCUGGAGGCGGAGCCGUCUCUGCAGGAGGGCGUGACCGUGUGGGACUUCCUGGAGCACCUGGACCAAGGUCACCUGAUGGCCGUGGACAACAUGGAGGCCUUCGGCCACGGCCUGCACGACGUCUUCCUCGAGAUGUACCACAACGUACUCAAGAAGGGCUACAUGUUUAAGAAGGGGCACCACCGUAAGAACUGGCAGGAGCGCUGGUUUGUGCUGAAGCCCUCCAGCAUGGAGUAUUUCGUAGAGGAGGACCUCAAGGAGAAGAAGGGAGAGAUCACACUGGAACAGGGCUGUGUGGUAGAGACGUUGUCUGACCGGGAGGGCAGACGCUGCUUAUUUUGUGUGAAAACUCCAGGAAGAACCUACGAGAUGAGUGCCUCAGACACAAAACAGCGUGUUGACUGGAUACAAGCUACCCAAACUGCCCUGAGGCUCACCCGGGCUGGAAAGGUAUCCCUGCACCAGGAGCUGAAGCUGCGUCGCCGGGAACAGAGGAGCAGCAGCAGCAGCAGCAGCAGCAGCAGCAGCAGGGGUAGCAGCAGACACAGCAGCCAGACAGAGGAGCCCAACACAGCUGCAGCCACACAGGAACACAGCCUGGACCUUCAGCAGGAGAUAGACAACAUCAUACAGCAUCAGAAAGAAGUAGAUAGGCAGCGUCGAGAGAAGGAGCAUCAGGAGAGAGAGCAGCAGCUUGAGCUUCAAAAGGCUCUGGAGGAACAGCUGGAAGAGGCCAAAAAGGAAAAAGAAUGUAUGAUGGCCCAGCUGGCCCAAAUGGAGCAGGAGUCUAAGGAGCAACGAGAGAGGAUACAGGAGCUGGUGGUGACCCAGAGGAACCUGGAGAAGUCCCUGGACGAGCAGAUACACGCUCGCCUGGAGGAGGAGAACUUACGGAAAGAACUGGAAAGGCGGUUAGAAUUGGAAGAGCAGAAGAUUGAACAAUUGCAGAGGGAUCUGGAGAGGAGCUCACCCGAAGAGAAGGCACCAAAAGAUGCAGGCGAUGACAGCGAUGAGCAAGAGAAACAAACACGCCCUCAAGUUGACCUUCAGGAAGAGGUCGUCUGCUUACCAGAGAAGAAAACACCAGAGAGAAAACAACAGUGCCGCCUAGAGAAAACAAAAUCACAAGACAAUCCUCGCAAUAUGAAGCAGUGGAAUGUCCAUUUGAGUCGUCUCAUGAAACCUAUCUCACCUGGAGACCGGCUGGAGCGUCGUCUCCCUGCGAAGGCUGGCUGCCCCAAGCAGGGCCAGGCGCUCACCAGUAACGAGUUCAUCACCAAGUUCCAGGGGAGGAAGGGCAGGGAGGAGGAAGAGGAGGAAGAGGAUGCAGAGGAGGAGGAGAGCCAAUCACAGCCCACAGAGCAGAGUGACCACACAGCCUCAGCCAAUGGAGAGGAGCAAUGAG